AUCACGCUGUAAAUAUUUGUUGUAUAGAAAUUCCAGAUCAGUGGGAUCAAAUUUUAGCAAUCUGGCACAAGUUGUUGCAUGAUUCAAUUAGUUGUUGAUUUGGUGGAUUGGGGAUCGCGUCCUGGUGCUAGGCCCAAUUCUCGUCCUUUCUUUUGCCAUUGCCCCAAACAUUUAGGUUAAGUCAACUCAAGUGAACAGUUCAAAAGUUAGUUCUAAUUGUAUAUUAUGGCAGAUGCAAAAAAGGUGUUGGAAUACAAAGACAGUCUGAAGAAAGAGGCCGAAGAGUUGCUGCUUAAGGGGUUCCCCGCGACGAUUGUGAAGCUCAACGCUUUGCUAGAAACGCCCCAGUUCAAAAAUCGGAAAUUCACUGACGUGCACCAGGAGCUGAACAUCCCGGUGCCAGACCCCAUUUUGCUCAACAGCCACACGGACCUGCCUCCAGCCAAGAAGGCCAAGUAUGACAAUAGCAUAUCGCAAGACGGCACCAAGGUCAUGAUCCUGCCCACGGGGGCUGUGCCCACUAACAAGCAUCUGGUCGAGUUGGUCGAGGCUGUGAAGCCCCACAUCCGCAAACUGGUUGAAGACUCCAAUACUAUGAAAAUGUGGAUUUCUUUUAUGAUUCCGAAAAUCGAAGACGGCAACAACUUCGGGGUGUCGAUCCAGGAGGACACUCUGGCCGAGGUGCAGUCGGUGGAAUCGGAGGCGGCGGCGUUUUUCGAUCAAAUCUCGCGAUAUUUCAUUUCUCGAGCCAAGGUCAUCUCGAAAGUGGCGAAAUACCCGCACAUAGAGGACUACCGAAGGGCCGUGCAGGAGCUGGAUGAGAAGGAGUACUUGAGUUUGUGGUUGGUCAUGUGCGAGAUCCGAAAUCGGUAUUGUGCCCUUCACGACAUAGUUAUUAAAAACCUCGACAAAAUCAAGAAGCCACGUUCCACUAAUGCUACUGAAUCUUUGUACUAAAACAGAUAAAUAAAUGCAUCUUUCGAA